CUAUUUUUUUUAUGUUACUGAAUAGUUCUAGACGUCAAGUUAGUUUACUUGGUAUUCAUACUCGAUCCUUCUUCAAUUUAACCGAAUCUCUUCGAAAUGCCUCUAUAAAGCGUUAUAAUGAAAAAAAAUUUCUCUCAACAACAAGUUUAUGAUGUAGUAGCCAAUGUAGAUAAUUAUUAUCAAUUUAUUCCUUUUUGUAACCAUUCACGCGUUUAUUCUUCCAAGUCUCAUCAACAAGAUCAAAUUAUCAUGCAAGCUGAAUUAGGGGUAGGAUUCAAACUUUUUGAAGAAAAAUAUAUGUCUACAGUUACUUGUCAACAACCUCAUAUGGUGAAGGCGGUAUCGGCAGAUGCUUCCUUAUUUAAGGAAUUGGUAACCACAUGGCAAUUUCAUCCUCAUGCUAGUCUAAGCAAUGGUCAACCUCGAUGUAUGGUUGAUUUCAAUAUUAGUUUUGAAUUCGCUUCUCCACUUCAUGCUCAAGCUUCCAAUGUCUUUUUUGAUCAAGUCUCCCAAAUGAUGAUGAAAGCAUUUAUUGAUCGAUGUCAUCAAGUUUAUAGUGUCUCUUCUGUAAAAUUAUCUUGAUAUCCCUUUCUUUAUCCAUCAUCAUCAUUAUUAUUUUAUUGUAUAGAAUUGUUUUUUAUUAUUAUUAUUAUUAUUGUUUAUAGAAUCAUAUCAUUAGAAUAAAACCUUUGUUAUAUAUAUAUAUGUUUAUAUAUUGAUCUCUAUGACGGGCGCCAGAAUAAAAC